UGGCCGCCCGGUCAUUUUGAGCUCGUAUUUUUCGCUUCUCGGAUCGGGCGUUCGGAAAUGGAGUGUGCAGCCUUGGGCUUUUCCUAUGUACGUAAUAAACCUAAAAAUGGAUAACUCGCAAAAAUUGGUUCUUUUCAACAUAGUAAGUGGUCAGACAGGAAGCGAUACACUGUGGAAGUAAGGUGAGGUAUUUUAUUGAGAAUUUGACCGUACUUUUUAUUCCUAACAGCGGUCGUAAAUAUUCCUAUUUCCCCAUAACACUUAUUUCGUAAGAUGAUCAUCUCACAGCUGGAGCAUGGGCCGCCUGUAGUUAUACAUCACUUUGUGAUACUUACUAGAUUCAUCAAUAUUUUUAUUAACUUCAACUUUGUCAGAAAUAUCUUAGUUGUGCAGCGGUGUAUUUAUAUAGCCAAGGCAAACACAAAUCAGGGCAACAAGAGGGCCAGAAGGUUAUUCCAUGUUUAGUGCUAUGAAAUGGUUUGUAUUGGACAAAUGUCUCUGAAAAGUCAGUCCCAGACCAGACAGCGCUAUGCUUGUGAUGCAAGUGAAAUUUUACAUAAAAUAGAUAUCUCUCUCAUGGAAAUUACUUGCAGAAAUUAAAUAGAACUCCUUAAUUUUGCCAUUUUGCAGGAUAAUUUUUACUCUUUGUGAACAUUUAAUUCCUAUCACUUUACUCUGUGGCUGGCUUUAAUCUCUGCAUGGCUUCUCCCAAAGACCAGUUGUGGAAAUUUCAAUUGUUAAGUGAAAAAUAUUCACAACAAAUGUGGUACAAAAUCUGAUUUGCUUCCUUGUCACCUCCAGUUUUGGAUCCUUUAGUAAGGGAUAUACAAAUCUUGUAAAUUCAGUAAGUUUCUCAUAGUCUGAGGAAGACAUUAUAUAUACUCUAAUUGCAUUUUUGUUAUAUGUACGGUUUGUCAGGUUCAUCCUUAAGAUUAGCAAAGAUGUGUUUAUGGUUUUCACAGUGAUACUCAUAGGUUUCCUGUAAUGCUUUCUGGAAUUUUUCAGAAUAGCAAGUUCCGAUAACUUUAAAAGGAAGACAAUGUGUGAUGUCUUCCACUGAUUCAUACAGAUCUGAGUUGGAAUCUUCACUACAAUUUAAGUCAUCAUAAGUGCAUCAUAACAAGCCAACUCAAUAAUUUGUUAUGUAUCCAAGAUUCACCUACACGGUGGAGUACUUUGAUAACAACAAAAUCAGUUAACCUUAAGUUUUAGCAAACUCGAGCUACACAUCUUGUGCAUAUAAAUCAGUACAACUGAAAGGCACAAGAAAGGGAAAUUUUUAACUUGGAAUUGUAAAAAAUUUGUAUAAACCUGAAAUACCCAGUAGGUCUUUUUGGACAGCCCACUUCUUUUGUUUUCUUUGUUUUCUAUGGAUAAGCCUACAACUCAUUCAGAGUUGAGGUAGAUAAUAGUUUCACUGGAAACUCUGUGGGGGAAAACGGCUCUUAAAUUGAUCAAUGUAAAAUCACUUGACUAUGUCUUAUUAUUGUUGUUCUCACUGCAAUCUUUUUUUUCUGGUGGUCACCUAACUUUGUGAACAGUGUAUAUAUUUGCUGCCUAACUGCCUAACUGUUUAUCUGUCACUCCACUUGGUGUGUGAAGCACUAGAUAGUUACCGUAUGUCUUGAAGUCCAUGGAUCUUCCUGAAAUUUUCCACUUUUAACAUUAAAAGUACCUGAAAAUACCUAUGAAUGCUGUUACUUUUCCAGGUGUCUGGGGAGCAUGUCAUUUCUUCUGCUGAAGAAUGUCAACCACCUUACUGUAAGCAUAUUGAAGAGAAUGAGUACUUAUUUGACGGGUGGGUUUUAUGUUUAAUUGCUAUUAGCAGUGUUUAAUUAUUUCAUAGUGCAAAAUAGUUGCGUUUUCUACCUUUCAAACAACUUGUUGCUGUUACUGAGCUUACAUGUUUUUCAUUUCAUGUUUCAGAAAGAAGAAAGUCAACAAGGAAGUGCACAGAAUGCAGUGCGAUUGUACCUUAGAUCCUGGUAAGGAAACGGCUUUGAUGCGUAGACUUCACCAUAUGCUGAAUAUGGUUAUGGGCAAUUUAGAACACAUGAACUUACCUCAUUUUAUGAGAUAAGCUGAGCGUGACCUACCCUUUGCCUUUUAAUGAUAUAUAGAUUCCAUGUUUACAUUGAGGUACAAACAUCAGUGACACACUCAGCUGUGCUUUGUGUGUCACUUUUUUUGUUCUUACCACAUUUCAACAUCAUCUGUGGUCUCCUGUAUCAAUGUUAGUAACUGAACAAAUGCACGUGUACCUACUCCUCCCCUAAUUCAACCAUAGUCAAUUGAUAACAAGUUAGGAUUAAUGUUGGGUUAGGGGAGGGGUAGGUGCUCUGUUGAUCAGAUACUGACAUUGAUUCCAUUUUUUACUGUUGAACAUAUUGCAAUGUUUUUUUAACAGACGAUCCAUGUUCUAGUGGUUGUGGCAAGGACUGUCUGAACAGAUUAUUGACGAUAGAAUGGUUGGUAUUCUUUUCCUCUCUUGUUGGUUAAUUUUGCCAAAAGUCUUCCUUCUCACAUUGUCUUUUAUUGAUCUCCAAAUAGUAACAGCAGAAGUGCUUGCAGAGAGAUGUGUAGCAGUAAACGUUUUCAACAGGUUAGUGAAACUAUCAUUACAGGAUUAAGAUUGAUGUUACUGAGAUGGUAAGGGUUAGCUGUUGAAGCAACUGCCUCUUUAACAAAGAUAAUGGGUAUUUUAACCCUUUAACUCCCAAGAUCUGAUUGUUCAUUCUCUCCUCUAGCUGCUACACAUUUCAUUUUAAAGUAGUGAUGAGAAUUUGGUGUUCGAUCAAUUUAACAAAUUCUACCUGAUAAGUUUGAGUAUUCUCUUUACCUUUUGCUGGAUGAUAUGUGGAUAUGAUAGGAAGAAGUUACAUCUUAAUCACUUCUGGGAGUUAAAUAUGCUUUCAUGAGAGAUGAUUCUUAUAUGCUGAUAUCAGCCAUGAGAGGAUUUCAAAUUUACGUACAUGUACAACACUUUUUGCAGGGCUGUAAAGUGAAAGUUGAAGUGUUUAAAACAGAGAAGAAAGGCUGGGAAUUGAGAACUCUUGAAGAUCUGGAAUUGUAAGUUUAUAUUUUUACUUAUAUCUUCAGGAAAGAAAUGCUUUAUUGUUACUCAAUUUUGCAGGUCUGUAAUUUUGUGUUUUCACCAUCCUUUUUUUUGGACCAAUCACAGAGCAGAGUAUAGCAAAAAACAAAAACAACCCCCAAUACUUUUGUCACACAAUUAAAAAUUGUAACUAUUGUCCAGGAAUCAGUGUGGUAUGGAGUACUGUGGAGAAGUCACGAACUACAAAGAUUUCCAGGAAAGAGCAGAGUGUUAUGAUGGAGAAAACAGAAGACACCACUACUUCAUGACAUUGAGAGCUGAUGAGGUAAGGACAGGAAAUCUUAACCUUUUCCUAAGUAGAGACAAUAACAGCACUGCUGUGAUGAGUGCUGGUAAAUUCUUUGGUCACUUUAAGGCUUUUCAAACCCAGAAUUGAUAAACAGAUCACUAUACCGUACAGUAAUGACAUCUUAGUAAAAGUGAGCAGGAUUUUCAAGAAGGGCUGGUGGUCUGUUAACCUAGCAGGCCACUUCAUAUGAUUUUGCUCCUUUUCCUGAAUGAAAUGACAAUGAUUGGUUUCAAUGAAAAUGACCUGAUUAUUACUUCAAAGUGCAUAAAAUACAUUCUCUGAGACCCAAGUUUUAGCAUUUUUAUGGAGGGAGGGGUGGGAGGAGGGUUGGUGUGCCCUUAGACCCCUUCAAGUGGUUGUUCAUUUGUCAGGAGGUAUCCCUUCUCUCCUUAGUCCCUCCUCCUUGCUGCCUUCUGUGAUUCGUAUCUAAAAUCCUGCCUAACCCUUUAACUCCCAGAAGUGAUUGACAAGAAACUUCUCCCAAUAAUAUCCAUACAUUAUUUAGCAAAUAGAUAAUGAGAAUAUUCAAACUUAUCAUGGAGGAUCAAUCAAUCUUGAUCUAGCACCAAGUUCUCAUAACCAAUUUACAAGGAGAUGUGUAGCAGCUAGAGGGGAGAAUUAACAAUCAGAUCUUGGAAGUUAAAGGGUUAACUGUUAUUCAAUUGUCAACUAUGUGGACAAAGAACAUAUUUAAAUGGCAUGUACUUCAGUCAGUUUAAUGUUAUGAUCUCCAGCCUGUUAUCAUUUUCAAAUUCUUUAUCAACUGAGCUAUGAGGAACUCCAUAGCCAGCCAAGUUGUUUACUAAAUUUAUAUAUGACUUACAUCUAGCAUUGAGCCUGAGUAAAUGAUGCUGAAAUCAUCCGUUGUGGGGAAUUAAAUUUUGAUAUACGCUUACCGUAAUUUCCGGUCGUUUACCCGCAUGGCCGAUUACCCGCACCGGCCGAUUAUUGCAUACGGCGAAAAAAAAAGUCAAUAGAUUACCCGCACUGGUGGAUAACCCGCACGUUGUUAUUCAACUUUUUGGUAGCAAAAACGUGACAUUAAGGUGAUACAUUUCAGUCUUUUAAAAGUUGUCUGAUCCAACUUUCGAAAACUUGAAAGCGUCUUUGUCGAGUUUAAAGGUCAAAGAAAUUCAGACGCGUGCACAAUUCUGUGUCAAUAUUAGCAUGUACUUUAUUUCUGAAAAAAUCGAUAUCUCCGGUUCUAUUGGGCCUAACAAGUCCCUUAAAACGGGAAAAUUCUCUUUAGCUCAAGCUAGUGUUAAAUGGAAAUUUGUUACUGAUGCGCCGGAUAUCUUUGGAUAAUUUUUGUCACCAUCAAGGUUUUGUUUUCACGCGUGCCGAUAAUAAUUUGUUCGUCGCGCAACUAAUUAUGCGUGAAAUAAACCCGAGUCGGCAUCAUGUUUUCGUGCCGCUUUGCGGCACUAUUAACACAAUAAAAUUUACUUGAGAGGUGGAAACGCAUGUUGGUGAUAUUUUUUUCAAUUCAACUACCACUGGAUUUUAAAAUUGUCACAUAACCCGCACCUCCCUAUUACCCGCAGUGGCGCGCGUUUAAUGCAAAAUCAACAGAUUACCCGCGGGUAAACGACCGGAAAUUACGGUAUUCCUUGUAUUCCAAAUGAGUGCAUCCCUCAGGCCUUAAGCACCCAUCUCAAAAGAAGCAUCUCCCCCCUCCUUCCUCACUUUCCUAAAUAACAGGGACACAAGGAAAACCUUUUUCUGUUGCCUCAACCAUAGGGCAAUCAGUACGGGAAGGUGAUAAGCACCCCCCUCAAUUCAGAGCCCUCCUUCCAAUAAGCGCCCAUCUUUUUAAGUAUUAUACGUAAUACAGUACAUGUAGGUGGGCAAAUCAUUAUAGUUCAUGGUUUUGUUACUUAAUGAGUUAUAGCUUCUUUAAAAUUCCUUCUUGUUCAGCUAAUUGAUGCCACCUAGGAGGGGAACUUGUCUCGAUUUAUCAACCACAGCUGUGACUCAAACUGUGAAACUCAAAAAGUAGUGUAAUAAAUUGUUCAGUCCAUUUUACCAGUUUAUAUUAUGAUCAACAAUGCCAGCUUUUCACUUCUUUUUCCAGAAGUAAUCGACAGUAGAUUGAUUGACAGGAAACUGAAAGAAAACACAUCUACAGCUGUACUUAAAUCCUUUAACCCUUAAGAAUGACUAGCAUCCAAUUUCUCCUCAUAAUAUUACCCCUGAAUCAAACAUGUAGGUCAUGAGAAUUAAGGAAAUGAUCAGUAACUUAAGAAGCUCUUGAUUGCUUAACAAAUGCUCCUUGUCAGCUCCUUAGGAGUUGUAUAAAGAACAGUAUGGAGAGUGUGCAUACUGAUGUUCUGGUGUAAAGGGUUAAGAUAAGAACUGAAUGGGUUUUGUUAUUUUGUUUCUUGCAGUGGACUGUCCAUGGCUUGUUGAGGAUUGGAUUUUUAACUCAAGAGACCCAUCCCAGCUGGUGCAGAGCUCACGUUCGAUUAUAAACUGCAGUGUUGCGGGUAGGUGGACAAUGUACAUUCUACUGUCAAAGCUUCAUGUCUGUAAGUGACACUAAACUGAGAGAUUUUAAAAUUUGAGGAACUGUACAGCAGUCACACAGAAAGAAGAUCCCUUUGAACUGGGAAGGAGAAGCUUACAAAAAAUUCAUAGGUAUGAUUUUUGUCAUUAAUCAGGAAAGUUGCUCAGAUUUGCCAUUGUGAAGCACCAAAUUGUUGUGGAUUUAUUGGAGGAGACAAGCAAACACCUCUGAAGAACACAGUGGAAAGAAUAA